AUCUUUAUAAUAUAUGUGAUGCAUAGAUGGGCAAAGUAUUGACUCUUCCUGGACCAUGGUGGCCAUGCCAGUUUUACGAGUUAAGACCAUUUACAUCAGUUCGGUGGUUCUCGCUGCAAAUAGUCCAUUCUUUCUCAAGCUUUUCUCAAAUGGUAUGAAAGAGUCUGAUCAGAGAUAUCUAACACUCCGAAUUGCUGAUUCAGGAACAGAGGAAACUGUCAUGAUGGAGCUUUUGAGAUUUAUGUACACUGGAAAGUUGACAGCAACUGAACCCAAUCUUCUGCUCGACAUCUUGAUGGCCGCUGAUAAAUUUGAGGUUCUUGCUUGCAUGAAGCGUUGCAGCCAGUUGCUCACAAACUUGCCUAUGACCAGAGAGACUGCACUGCUCUACCUAGAUUACCCAUGCUCCAUUUCAGUGGCUGCUGAAAUUCGUCAUCUGACAGAUGCAGCGAAGGAAUUCCUCGCCAACAAAUACAAGGUUUUGGAUAAAUUUCCUCAUGAAUUGAUGGACAUGCCUCUUGUUGGGAUUGAAGCCAUCUUUUCUAGUUCUGACCUACAGAUAUCAUCUGAAGAUGCCGUAUAUACCUUCUUGGUCGAGUGGGUGUGCGAGCAAUACCUAGAAACAGAGGACAGGCACAAGAUAUGGAGUUCUCGUUUACUUCCGCUGUUGCGCUUCAAUCAUAUGAGCUGGAAAAAACUCCACGAGGUCCUGACAUGCAGUGAUGAUUGCGAUGAUGUAGACAAUGAGCAAACAAAGAAGCACAUUACCGAUGCACUCUUGCACAAAGCUUACCCCGCACACGAGCAAGGUGCACUUGCAGCAGACACAGCAACCUGUUGCCAAGUUCCACAACGAGCCUACAUGAGAAAACCCCUGAAAGUGGUUGAGUUCGAUCGACCCCGCCCACAGGUUAUUGUGUACUUGGAUCUAACAUGCGAGGAGUGCUCCCGACUCUUCCCUGAAGGAGAACUAUUCUCGCAAUUGUUCCAUGUAGCAGGGCAGAACUUCUAUAUCAUGCCAACCUGUGAAAUGGACGAGCAGAGUAAGCAAUAUAGCUUCGGCCUCUGGUUAGGGAUCCAUGACAAGCCGGAGGGCUCGGCAUGUUUGACAUUCAAGUUUGAGUUUGCUGCACGGACAAAAUCGUCAGGAGAAUUUGUGCGCAAGUUGAAGGAUAAGGCUAUCUUCACAGGUGAUUGCAUGGAGGGGUGCGGUGAUCUUUUUGGCGUUCCAUGGUCGACAUUCAUGGCCGACGACAGCCUCUUCAUUGACGGCUUGCUGCAUUUGAGGGCUGCUUUGAUGGUGGUGGAGCAGCCUGAAGUACAGGCUUGAUGAUGUCUCACAAAGCAGUGCUAGCUUGCUUCAACGGGAUUGAUGCUUCUGCGGUCUUGUUUCAUCAUUUGGGUGCCUGAGUGAUACUCUUACAAUGAGUAAGCAGGAAACCUGUGUGCUGGGCACUUUUGGUCUGCCUCGACAGUAUUUCUUGUCGAAGCUUGAGCAUUUACUAGAGACCUGAUGAUUCACUUGGCGAAGUUAGGUUGAUCGCUUAAACGGCAUUCGGUUGUAAUAUGAGAGUUUAGUUAGUUGGCUGUGCGGUUUCAUUCCGAUGUUUCCUUGUCUGUGCUGGAAAAGGAGGAUUUGGUGCCUGAAUGAUGCAAGGAAGCUCUUACAAUGAUAAAAGUUGAAAAAACUGUGCACUUCUGGUCUGACUUAAAACAAUUUUAGUCUCUGUUCUUUUUGUUCUGGGUUGAUUUGGCAUUGUCACUUUGUCAAUGCAGCUGAGACUUAAGACCGAUCGAGGAGCUUCCUGGGAUGGUGCACAAAUAUAUAUGUGCCGAUGAACGGUGAGUUUGGACCGGAAGAUAGCAGCUGCGACGGAGCAGAGCAAACAGAACCUGGCUCAAACUCAAAUGGUGUCCUUCUGAGGCACCACCUGCCCAUCAAGGCUAACCUCCUCCUUCUUCAGACGAAGGAAAGACCCCCCGCCAUUCACUCGGAAUUACAGGCUUUCAACCAAGAAGCCUGAUGGUGUGUCAAGAAUGAAUCAGUGGCUUCGAUGGGAUUCCAGUUGUAUCCGACUGAUUUUUAUUAUUGCAAGAAGAAGAAAGGAAGAGGGGAUAAUAGCAAGUGUUGUCUGCUGCUGCUGCUGCUGACGGUGGCAUUGUGGAGGGUAGCUGGAUCCUCAAGCUAGCCGCAGGUGUGGGUGUGGUGAUGAAUGACACAAACUCUGAAGGAAGCCAGACUGACUCGAUCGAUCGCUUGCUACCGUAGAUCAGCGACACGUGUACUGUACUGUAUGGUGUGGAUCCUUUCUGAGUGCAGCCACGACACGAAAUACCACUGUGGUAGUACGAUCCUACCUUGUCUUGAUCGAUCGGUUGAUACUCAUGUAAGUGAGUAAAUUGCAUAAAACCACCACAUUGAGGGCUAGUUUUGCGGAAAACACUAGGAUACAGAA